AUGAAGCAGCUCAAGCCUCGGCGAGUGGGCGCCGGGGACGAGGAGGCGGCGGCGGGGGUGGUGGUGCCGCCGGCGCCGCGCAAGGACUACUGCUGCUGGUCGUCGUGGUGCCUUUUGAAGGCCUUGACCCUGCUGCUGGUGCUCCUCACGGGCGUGCUCAUCGGCUUCGGCGCCAGCGCCAACAUCUCCCGCUACUACUACUACACCUUGUUAACGGGCACGAGCACGUCGUCUAGCUCGCCGCCGUCGCUGAUCUCGAGCAACAGCCCGACGCCGCCGUCGACGCUGGCCAUGUCGUCGGAGCAGCACAUCAGCCAGCCGUUCAUGUCGUUCGUGCACCCGGGGUCGCCGGAGGGGCACUCGAUGACGGACGCGGAGCUCUUCUGGCGCGCCUCCAUGGUGCCGCGGGUGGAGGAGUACCCGUACCAGCGGGUGCCCAAGGUGGCGUUCCUGUUCCUGACGCGCGGGCCGCUGCCGUUCGCCCGGCUGUGGGAGCGCUUCUUCCGGGGGCACGAGGGGCUCUACUCGGUGUACGUGCACGCGCUGCCGGAGUACGUGCUCAACGUGUCGGCGACGUCGCCCUUCUACGGCAGGCAGAUCCCCAGCCGGGACGUGUCGUGGGGGUCCAUCACCCUCGUCGACGCCGAGAAGCGGCUGCUCGCCAACGCUCUCCUCGACCACUCCAACCAGCGGUUCGUGCUGGUGUCGGAGAGCUGCGUGCCGGUGUUCAACUUCCCGACGGUGUACGAGUACCUCAUCAACUCGGCGCACAGCUACGUGGAGUCGUACAACAUCGACGUGCCGCAGUGCGCGGGGCGGUACAACCCGCGGAUGGCCCCCGACGUGACGGAGCAGCAGUGGCGCAAGGGGUCGGAGUGGUUCGAGCUCAGCCGCGAGCUGGCGGUGGACAUCGUGGCGGACCGGCGCUACUACCACGUCUUCCGCAUGCACUGCACCCCCUCCUGCUACCCCGACGAGCACUACAUCCCGACCUACCUCCACCUCGUGCACGGGCCGCGCAACGCCAACCGGACCAUCACAUGGGUCGACUGGUCACGCGGCGGCCCGCACCCGGCCCGCUACGGCAAGGCCUCCGUCACAAAGGAGUUCAUACAGGCCAUACGCAACAACGGCACCCAGUGCCUCUACAACGGACGGCCCACCACCGUGUGCUACCUCUUCGCAAGAAAGUUCGCGCCCAGCGCGCUCGGCACGCUCAUCAACCUCACCACCACCCUACUCGACUUCUGA